CAGAUCAAUCGUGUCUUUGAUCUGAACCGCGAUGCCGAGACUCUCGAAGGAUUGGCUAAUGGGAUAACUCUUGGUCACAUCCUGCAUGAGUUGGAUUCCGAGUUUGACCCGUCGCACCUCGAGACGAACCCAGGAGCUCCCAAAACCCUGGCCAACAAACGCAACAGGCAGGCCAUCUACAAGGGCCUCUUUCGAUUCAUCCGCCGUCAGAUCCCCGAGCUCAGUUGUCAAGCCAAAAAGUUCGACUAUCAUGCCUUUGUCGAGAAUCCCGAGCCGCAGGGCAUCAGCCAGGUAUUGUUCCGUCUGCCUUCUCAAGAUUGCAGGAAUCUGACAGACACAACCUCUAGCUCCUGGCUGUCAUGGUCUCAGCCGCCGCAAUGGGCCCAGAUAACCAAAAAUAUGUACCCCGAAUACAGAAUGGGCUUGAUCGCGACACCCAAGCCGAAAUCAUGCAGAUCAUUCGUGCCAUGCAGCAAGAUAUCGCAAACUCCAAGGACGACGAUGACCUAGACGAGACCAUCGACGCGGCCAUGGGAGCCCGUGAUAUCGAGCUUCUCGUGGAAGAGCAGAACGCUGCACUGCGCCAGCAGCUCGAUAUAACGAAAAAGACCCUCUCGGACUACAUCACUCGCCUGGAGCACCUUCAACAGAGCCACGAGGAGCUUGCUUACGACAAAGAGAAAAACGACCGGGAGCUCGAGGUCCUACGCAAAGCGACACAAGAUGGUGCGCACAGUGCCAAGACCAUCAAGCAUCUGGAAGAACAAGUCCAUGAACAGAUGGAGAUAAUCGCCAGGAACGAGGAGGUCAUCCGCAGUAGCCAGAAGACGGUGUCCCAACUGGAGAGCGAAGUACAACGCCUGAGCCAGAAGAAUAUGCAGGCGGACGAGUAUCGGGACCAGAUGACGGAAUGGCGGCACAAGGCUGAGGAGCUUGAGAAGAAGGCCAACAUGGCGGAACGGUACAAGCAGAAGCUCGAAUCACAGCAGAGCCUGGUGAGGGAGGUGCAGAAUCUGCAGUACGAACGAGCAGAGCUGCAAGAACAACUCCGUUCGCUCAUGGAAGAGAGGGAGAGGAGUGAGCGAACCAAGAAAGCGGAAGAUGAAUUAACAAAGAUGAUCACACAGUCCGAGCAGCAUCUCUGGGAUGAGCGCAACCAGAAAGCGCAACUCCUCAGGGACGUUACCGCUCUCCAGGAAGAACUCAUGCGGCUACAGGCGCAACGGACGCAUGAUGAGCACUUUAUCCAAGAUUUGCAGGAACAGCUGCAACACACGGGUGGCACCACGGUGCAGGAAGUAGACAACGAUGAAACCUCCUCGCCUUUCAAUCUCGAGGACGAGCUGCUCAUUGCGUCAAAGGAAGACUCGCAGACUAACCUGCCUUUGGAGCUUUCCAGACUCAGAGCAGAGAACGAGCUGAUUCGGAAAACCGUCGGUUCUCCUGGAGAUGUCGCCGUGCUCCGACGAGAAUUGGAAGAGCAGAAGCGUCAACGGGAGCGUCUGCAGCAGAACUACAACAGCAUUUUCGAGAAGUAUACCAUCUUGAACGACCAUAUGCAGGCUCUGAUGAGCGAUAAUGCCGAGGAAGGGACUGAGGCAUUCAUCAAACUUCGACAGGAGCUGACUCGAUUGGAGCUCGAAUUCGAACAAGCCCGGAAGCUAAUCAGCAGCCUCGAGGCCCAACUGGCGGACAAAAAUCGGGAAGUGCUUGCUUUGCAAACAGACCUGUCUGCUGUCCAAAAGGAUAGCAUAGCAGCAUUAGAAGAGCUCAAGAGCACGGACAAACUGAUAUCGACUUCGUUGACCAGCGAGCUUGAGCGUCAGAGGGAGGAGUAUAGCUUUAUCAUGAAUGAACGAGAUGCGCUAAAAUCCCAGCUUAUUGAAGCUUUACUGGCCAACGACAAGCUUAGAAAGGAGUCAGAUGAAAACAAAGAUCUGCAAGAUGGCACUGCUUUGUCGACGGACGGCGAUGGCUCGGAUGCCGCGAAAAAGGCCGCCGAGAAGGUCGAGAAGCUGAGAGCACGGCUUAUCCAGAGAAAUCAGCAACUCGAGAAGUCGGAACAAGAAAGGCUCGAGCUUCAAACGAGGCUCAAGGCAGUACAGCUUGGGGAAGGCUCGGCCGCACAAAAGGCUGCUUCCGAUCACAUCAUCAAGAACCUCCAGAGAGAAAAUGCAUUAAUCGCGACCGCUUGGUACGAUCUCACGAGCCGGCUUCAGAGCAACCACGUCGUACUUCAGCGCCGGCACGACGCGCCCAAGAGCUGGCUUAACAAACAGAGGCAGUUGGUGAAUGCGACUUCAAGGAGGUAGGAUUCAAGGGGUUGGGCUUCAUCUACCUACAUACCGUAGCUUCUCCCUGGGGUACAUAUUAUGAUUGCUCAGGCGAAUUGUGGGCAAAGACUUGAAAUUUCUCAGCGUUGCAUAUUCACACUCAGAUCGACUUAGAUUUUUGUCGACCGAGUCUUGUUUCGUCCAGCUGCCUUGCUUCACUUGUCAUAGCUUU